GGGGUCAAUAGUUCGGCUGCACAAACAAGCCCACUCGUUAUCACGUGCUGCCGGUUUCAGGUGAAACUCCACCUCAGUCGACGAUUGUCGCCCUUCUGACGGUCAUGGAUCGGAUGACAACACGACUUAAGUAAGGUGGGAGAUCAUCCUCCACACAUCAACACGGUUUGGUAAUGUGGUGUCCGUGUGAUCAGAGUGGACAUGGAUGCGGGGGAGUGCUCGGACAGUGGUCAGGAGCUGCCUGACGUUCGGUGGUAUAAAUCUCAGCGCUACCUCAUAGCAGUCAUCCUGUUCUUGGGAUUCUCGCUGCAGAACACACUCAGGUCGAAUCUAAGCAUCGCCAUCGUGUGUAUGGUGAGGCAUGACAUCAACACCACGUCACUGAAUGACGUCAAUGUGUCGUCGUCGGUAGCUGGCGAGCAAUGCAGAACAUGGACGAAAGAAGGCGAUAAUAUUACUGAAUACGAGCUUCAAGGCGAAUUCACGUGGUCCAAGGAGCUGCAAGGAGUUCUUCUCGGUGGCUCAUUCUGGGGAUGCCUGGGUAUGCUCAUUUCCGGUGGCUGGCUCAGCGAACGUUUCGGUGCAACUAGAGUUAUCGCCCUUGGUAUGAUUCCUACUGCCAUAGCAACCAUCCUGUCUCCAGUAGCUGCGAAGGAUCAGCCCUACUUCCUCUUGUUUCUCAGGAUCACCGUUGGAUUUUGUUCAUCGGUUGUGUUCCCGUCCAUUCCGGUGUUCUGGUCGAGAUGGGCUCCUCCUGACGAGUGGAUGAAACUCCUGGGGUUCUCACUGUCCGGGGGAGAGACUGGCAACGCUUAUGGCUAUCUUCUCAAUGGUUUCCUCUGUCGAUAUGGAUUUGCUGGAGGCUGGCCCUCCAUCUUCUAUGUCACAGGUGGGGCGUGUCUACUAUGGUGCAUCCUGUGGUCCGUCGUGGUCAGAGACUCUCCCAGGCAGAGCAGAUGGGUAUCGGACACUGAGCGGAGAUAUAUUGAAUGGAAGGUCCGAGACAGACUCAAGUCGAAACGGAAACAGAGCACCCCUUGGUUGGCCCUCCUGAAGUCAGGGCCAGUAUGGGCGUUGGUCUUCACUCACACCAUGGCCAAUUUCUUCCUCUAUCUUCUCUUCACCCAGAUGCCCUCUUAUCUGAACGAGGUUACUGGGGUCAACUUUACGUCGAACGGCGUGUAUUCCAUGUUGCCAUACGCAUGUAUGAUCAUCGUCAUCAACGUCGCGAGUCACGUCUCGGACUGGCUCAUCCACAAAGGUCAAGUUCACGGUGCGAACAACGCGCAGGUUAAUGAACUCUCUAGGUAUGUUUGGAUCCGGAACCUUGGUGAUCAUCCUUGCGCAGGCGCAUUGUGGCUGGGAGGGGAUGUCGGUAUCGACACUCUGUCUCACCUUGGCGGCGUUCGGCUUCUGCUUUUGUGGUCACAUAUCGAACUUUGCUGACAUCACCCAGGCUCACUCUGGGACUCUGGCCGGGGUCUCCGACACAAUAGCCACCCUGUCUGGCAUCGUGGCACCUUACGUCGUCUCUACAUUGACUCCGAAUCGCACGAGAGAGGAAUGGCAGAAAGCUUUCUAUGUGGCAGCUGGGACCAGCUUUGCAGGAGGGCUUAUUUUCGCUCUGUUCUCUGACGGAAAGCCCCAGCCCUGGGACGUUCAUGAUCGUACGACGCAUACAGUCAAGGACACGUCUGAAGCGGAUUGUCCACGAGAUGAACUGGGCAUGUCAGAAUGUGCUGUGGCAGUGUCUGAUAAUGUUGCUGACGCUGGUGUUGAACCUGCAGGGACGUCAGCGCACCUGAUAAACGAAGGGGACGCGGGGUUUGAUGAGGGACAGAACAUGGUUGAUGGAGACACGGGGCAAAAGUUCGCGGAGGAUCAAGGUCAAGGUCGAGGAUCGGUUAAAGAUGAAGACGCGUUGAACAAGCCCCUGCUCAGUCAGCCUAGGGAGAAUGAUGUUUAGUGUUGGAGAGAUUCGAACUGAAUCCUUAUCAACGUCCAGUACUUGUAACUGGUCAGGUAAUGGCACGGUUACUGGCAAUGUGUCCAGUAUGUCCAGUAUUGAGUCGGACAACAAGACACUGUUCUGGUAUGUUUACAUGUGAAACAUAUGUAUAGUAUGGUGUUUAUUUCACUGACGCAAGAGAAGUAUGACAGAGCUGUAAAUCCUAAUACCCUGUGGUUAGAAGAGGACUCCACAAACCUCUGACACAAUGGGUCGGCUGAUCAGGCUCCUUGAACAUCACCCCCAUCCCCAUUAUCACGUGCAGCACGUUGUUCAUAUGAAAUCACUGGCUUGUCUGGACCACAUUCGAUUCUACUGCAGACCGACUACUUAUAGAUGGAAUAUUGGCGAGUGCGGCGUUAAAAACAAACAAAACACAUAAACAAACAAAGUUGUGUCGAACUUACGAUUGUCUCGAUGAAAAGGCCGGUGGGGUAGCCUAGUGGUUAAAGCGUUCGCUUGUCACGCCUAAGACCCCGGUUCGAUUCCCCAUAUGGGUACAAUGUGUGAAGCCCAUUUCUGGUGUCCCCCCGCCGUGAUAUUGCUAGAAUAUUGCUAAAAGCAGCGUAAAAUAAACUUACUCGAAAGAAAAGAACGCUCCCUC